AUGGUGAAAGUCACAAAGGAGAUUGGCGGUUCUGCAGGAAGAAAGGAUAGUGGAAGAGGGAGGAAGGUUGAAUGGUUGAAUGAGGGGAGAAACAUGCAAACAAGGAGAUCGCGGCAAAAGGGGGCCGUCGAUCCUCCAUUCUUUUCCCCCCUGGUUCCUUCCUGCCUUUCUUUCUUCCUUUCUCCCUUUUCCCCCUACACAAUUCUCCGGUUCACCUUGUCUACUACAACCUACGAUCUCGAUCUUCCCAUACGACUGAAAGAUCGUCGUCUGGACCGAUGGGAUAAAUCCCAAACCCUCAUGGCCGUAGUCAUUCAUUCAAUAAUAUUGGCAGAAAAGUCUGCCCAAAAAGUCAUUGGCAGAAAUGAUAUCUAA